GAGAGGAACUGCGCAUGCGCCACAAUCCCCCAGCAGCAGCCUACUGCCUGGUUCCGGUCACGACUUAGCGCGGGGCGGUGUCUAGUGCUGUCUGAAGGGAUUUGGCUGCCAGAGUGGACAUGGCGGUUGGCCGCAACCGGGCUGUGCUUGCCGCUCUGGGAGUGCUUAGUGUCUGUGCGCCCAGCCGCUCUGGGCCCAUGACUGAGGGGGAGACCGGUGGGGAGGCGGAGUGGGCGGAGCCGUGGGAUGGCACGGUUUUCCGGCCGCCCUCGGCGCUGGGCGCAGUGGGGGUGGCGCGCAGUCCGGAGACCCCGUGGCCAGGGAGGGGGGAAGCAGCGGACUUGCCGGUGCUGCUGUGGUGGAGCCCAGGGCUGUUUCCCCACUUCCCGGGUGACUCGGAGCGCAUCGAGUGUGCGCGCGGCGCGUGCGUGGCGUCCCGGGACCGACGGGUGCGGAAUGACUUGCGCACGCGCGCGCUGCUCUUCUAUGGCACCGACUUUCGCGCGUCUGAGGCGCCACUGCCCCGUCUGGGGCAUCAGAGCUGGGCGCUGCUGCACGAGGAGUCGCCCCUCAACAACUUCGUGCUGAGCCACGGCCCAGGCAUCCGCCUCUUUAAUAUCACCGCCACCUUCAGCCGCCACUCGGACUACCCGCUGCCCUUGCAGUGGCUGCCCGGGACUGCCUAUCUGCGCCGCCCGGCGCCUCCGCUCCAGGAGCGUGCGGAGUGGCGCCGCCGCGGCUACGCGCCGCUGCUCUAUCUGCAGUCGCACUGUGAUGUGCCUGCGGACCGGGACCGCUACGUGCGCGAGCUCAUGCGCUACAUCCCGGUGGACUCAUACGGGAAAUGCCUGCAAAAUCGGGAGCUGCCCACUCCACGGUUACAGGACACAGCCACAGCCACCACCGAGGAUCCAGAGCUCUUGGCCUUCUUGUCCCGCUAUAAGUUCCAUUUGGCCCUCGAAAAUGCUAUCUGUGACGACUACAUGACAGAAAAACUGUGGCGCCCCAUGCACCUUGGUGCUGUGCCUGUGUAUCGCGGCUCUCCCUCUGUGAGGGACUGGAUGCCCAACAAUCACUCCAUCAUCCUCAUUGAUGACUUUGAGUCACCUCAGAAGCUGGCAGAGUUUAUUGACUUUCUGGACAAGAAUGAUGAGGAAUAUAUGAAAUAUCUGGCAUACAAACAUCCUGGGGGCAUCACCAACCAGUUCCUUCUGAAUAGUCUGAAGCAUCGGGAGUGGGGAGUGAAUGAUCCUUUAUUGCCCAACUAUCUCAAUGGCUUCGAGUGUUUCGUUUGUGAUCAUGAACUGGCUAGGCUGGAUGCCGAGAAAGCCCACGCAGCCUCUCCUGGGGACAUCCCUUUCCCUGAGCCUCACAUUGCCCAGCCCUCACACAUGGACUGCCCAAUGCCAACACCUGGCUUUGGCAGUAUGGAAGAGAUUCCUGAGAGUGACAGCUGGAAGGAGAUGUGGCUGCAAGAUUAUUGGCAAGGUCUGGACCAGGGGGAAGCUCUCACUGCCAUGAUCCACAACAACGAGACACAACAGAGGAAAUUUUGGGAUUACCUACAUGAGAUCUUCCUGAAAAGGAACCAAAAUCUCUAAAUAUCCCACAAGAGCUUUUAACUUGGUCGAGUUAAGGAGAUGGAAGUCAUUCUACCACAGGACACGAGGGGCAUCUGCUGCACGAACCCCUAAUGAACAUAGUCUUAUCAUGAAUUCAAGGGAUUCCAGUUAUAUCCACUGACAUUUUAUCCUAAUGAAGUGUAGCCGGGGUCUCAGCCUGUGGUAACAGGGCCUCUCCUCAAGGAGAGAUGAAGGCAUCCAGUUCUUGGACAGUGGAAAACAAGCCUGAAACACCCAUUUGAUUGAAGGAGCUGAUCAACAGAAUUUUUAAGGCACGACUUAUGUCUCUAGUCAUUUCAUCUCGAUUAUGAUUAGAACAGCACCUUAAUACUGGCCCCAGAUGAGGUAAGACUGCUUGUGCGCUGCUCCUCAAACCCCUGAUUAUUUAGUAUGCUUUCUUUUUUCCAGAUCUUCUGCUUUAUAAACUGUUAUGCUGGUGGUGAAGCAAAACUCCUGGUGGGUUGUAUUCUGGUUCUCUGGAGUUGUAUUUUUUAUAUCAUUUACCAGGACUUUCAUGUCAAACUUUUUAUUUUAAAUGUUUUUUUCUUUCCUAGUUUUCCACAAUUACUGAUGAAGAUGCAGCAGCCUUCCCACCAUUCCCACAUUCUUUCUUGCAUUAAACUAGCUAUAGACUUGACAGCUUUAUAUAUAUAAUGAUUUUGAAAUAUUAAAAUAGGCAAGUGUGAAUCAAAGUGAAACAUUUUAUAGGUCUUUGUUCUUUUCUGUCUAAUGAAGUCUUCCCUGUUUUAUUAUUUUUAUAUGUUACAAAAGUCCCAUUUCCGCCAGAGAGUCAUGAAAUUAUGGUGGAAAAAGCAGCCCAGCAAUAUAGCUCUAGUAAUUACCUCGUAUUCUGUAGCACUUUUCAUUUUAAUUGGGAUGAAUAUUCUGGCUUCAUUCAUUCUAUUACUGAUACCCUUUUAUACAACUUUAUAGUAUUUCUGAGACUACAUUUUGUGGAGCCCACCCAAGGUCAAGGGGAUGAGAAGUGAGGCAGGAGAUUUAAGCCACCACAGUGGCUGGCUAAAUAAAAAGCUGUUAGAUUUGGGGGUGUAGCCAAACCCUUCUAUUGCUGAUUUGAAGACACAGCUUAAUGGGCAGGGAGGUCAUUAGCUUUUUCUGGGGCAGUAGAACAGGGAAGAAUAACUUGGCCCUUAGAGCUCCCUGGUUGUAAAGUUGUAUUAAUGAAUUAUCACCACAGAAGUUCCACAGCUUAUCAAUAUAUCUGGUGGAAAAUUAGUUUGAAUGUAUGUAUAUAUUUAUCACCACAUAUAAAAAUACAUAUAUAUGUAGAUGCCUCAACAACUAGGGUCCUACCUUUAAUAUUGUAACAUCUAAGGAUGUGGCCAAGGAAAGGUAUUAUUUAGGCUGGAUUUUACUGGCAGAGUGCUUCUUUUUUCAUUCUAUUCUUUAAUUAAAAAUGCCCUUCAUAACAGCAUGGAAAAUUUGCUUAACCUAUUUGCUCUUUUGCAGAAAAGAAAAAGAGUUAAGGACAGACCUUCAAAAAUACUUACAUUAGCCCUGGCUGGGUAGCCCAGUUAGUUAGAGCAUCGUCCCAAUACACCAAGGUUUGGGGUUUGAUCCCCA